CUCUCUCUCUCUCCAGUCUCUCUCCUGUCGUUCAGUCGGUAACAAGCUCCGCCCGCCUCUCGGUCUCCGUCGGUGUCUCUCGGCGCGUCUCGGUUCUCGUCGGCGCGUCUCUCCGGUGUCGGCGUGUCUCCGUCCGUCUACUUGCCGGUACCUGCCUCUCCCCCUCCUCCUCUCCUCCCCUCCGUCCCCCCGGUCCCGGUGCUCCCCCCUCUCGGUGCGGACAUGCUCCCGGGGCUCCGGAGAUGAGGCUCCGAAAUGUCUCCUUCCUGACGGUGUUGCUGUUCGGGCUGUGCGGGCUGGUCUCCCUGUCCUGGUACACCGCCUUCAGCAGCUCCAGAGGAGAUGUGGUGGACGUGUACCAGAGGGAGUUCCUGGCUCUGAGGGAACGUCUGCACUCGGCAGAACAGGAGAACCUGAGGAGGUCCAAAGAGCUGAACCUGGUUCUGGAGGAGAUCAAGAGGGCAAUCGCUGAAAAGCAGGCGCUGAGAGACAUAAACCGGACCUGGAGCAGCCUGUCAGAGGAGACCAGGUUGAAGCUGUGGAACGUCAGCAGCAGUAAAAGCGUCCUGCAGCUUCCCUCCAUCUUCCAUCAUCUUCCUCACCUGCUGAACCGGGAGGACAGCCUGCAGCCGGCCGUGCACCUGGGACAGGGACGCACCGGAGUCUCUAUAGUGAUGGGGGUUCCUAGUGUGAAGAGGGAGGUCCACUCCUACUUGACCGACACUCUCAGCUCGCUGAUGUCGGAGCUCAGUGCCACCGAGAAGGACGACUGCGUCAUCGUCGUCCUCAUCGCCGAGGCCGACCAGCAGUAUGCCAGCAGUGUAGCAGACAACCUGAAGCGCCUUUUUCCAGCAGAGAUCCAGUCCGGCCUGCUGGAGGUCGUCUCUCCAUCCGUCCACUUCUAUCCCGACUUCUCCAAACUCAGAGAGUCUUUUGGAGACCCAAAGGAGAGAGUGAGGUGGAGGACGAAGCAGAACCUGGACUACUGUUUCCUGAUGAUGUACGCUCAGACCAAGGGAACCUACUACGUCCAGCUGGAAGACGACAUUGUGGCCCGGCCCAACUACUUCACCACCAUGAAGAACUUUGCCCUGCAGCAGCCGUCUGAGGAGUGGAUGAUCCUGGAGUUCUCCCAGCUCGGCUUCAUCGGGAAGAUGUUCAAGUCUGUGGACCUGUCGCUCAUCGUGGAGUUCAUGCUGAUGUUCUACAAAGACAAGCCCAUCGACUGGCUGCUCGACCACAUCAUGUGGGUCAAAGUGUGCAACCCGGAGAAGGACGCGAAACACUGUGACCGGCAGAAAGCCAACCUGAGGAUUCGCUUCAAGCCGUCGCUCUUCCAGCACGUCGGGACUCAUUCGUCUCUGGCUGGGAAGAUCCAGAAGCUCAAGGACAAGGACUUCGGGAAGCAGACGCUCCAUAAAGGCCACGCCAACCCUCUGGCUGAGGUCACCACCAGCCUGAAGACCUACCAGCACUUCACCCUGGAGAAGGCCUACCUGGGGGAGGACUUCUUCUGGGCCUUCACCCCGGUGGCCGGAGACUUCAUCCGGAUACGAUUCUUUACGCCGGUCCGCGUCGAGAGGUUUUUCUUUCGCAGUGGAAACAUCGAGCAUCCGGGAGACAAACUGUUCAACACAUCGGUGGAGGUUCUGCCCUUUGAUAACAUCCAGGCAGAGAAAGAGGCUCUGACAGAAGGACGAGAGAAAACACCGAGAUACCACCGGACGGAAGACGGAUUCAUCAGGAUAGGAACGUUCCAGAACGGGAUCGCAGAGGGUGAGGUGGAUCCGUCCUUCGGUCCUCUGGAGGCCAUGCGUCUGUCCGUGGUGACCGACUCCCCGGUGUGGGUGAUCCUCAGCGAGAUCUUCAUAAAGAAAGCCGAGUGAAGCCCCUCUUCCCCCUCAGAUACCUCAGAUCCAACCGGAGGCUCGGUUCCUCCGGUGCUGCUCGGAUGGAUCCGGCCAUGGAGCCACAGCGCCGCCGCCUGGCCGGACCUGGAACCACGGCGAGCGUUGGAGGAGCAGCUGGUGGAGCUGCACGGCCUGUAUCUAUGUACAUACAGUAAAAUAAAUGUUCUACACUGGUGGCCACGCCGAGCACCUUCCUGAGGACGGAGCUGCUGCUGCCGGACCUGGAGGCAGAACCGGACCUUCCUACCGACUCCCAGACUCUCCACAGCCCGACUCUGAUCCACGGUCAGCUUUCAUCCCACCUGGCUGGAAACGACACUAAGCAGACAGAGACUUUGACUUUAAUGAUGGACUUUAAUCAUCUGGGUCGGUUUGUGUCGAUUUGGACAGAAAAACGUCACCGCAGCGUCUCAGAUUCUGUUCAGAACCACUCAAAACGUCUCCAGGUUCUCUAAACAUUCUGCAAAAUGACCAAAAGAGUCCAAAGUGACUCAAUAAUGGCUCAAAAUGACAAAAACUUGUCCUAAAUGACUCAAUAAUUGUUCAAAAUGACAAAACAUGCCAACAAAGCAACUGAAAAAAUGUCCAAAACUAGUCAAACAUUUGUCCUAAUUGACCAAUAUUUGUCCAAAAUUACUUAAGAUUUGACCAAAAAUGUCUCAGAACCUGUUAAAAAUGACUCAUAAUGGUUCCAAAUUAUUUAAGAAAUUCUCUAAAAUGACCAAAAAACAUUCCAAAGUGACUCAAUAACACUGGCCAACAACAUUUUUGUAGACUUACAACUGAGACUUGUUUCUGACUAAUUUGAAGGUGCUGAAUCCAAAAAUCACAAUGGUUUUUGCCGAGGACGUCAGGUUUUUGCUCUAUGGCAUAACUGCAUAUUUAUCAAGUACGUAUUAAAAUAUGAUCACUUGGUCACAAUGUUCCACACCCAGUGCAUGCAACAAUCCUGGUACAUCGUGACAAUAAACACAAUCACUCUCAGCUCUGAAAUAUUGCACAAAAUCUCUUUCCCUGCUGCGAUCACAUGUUACUUUGGUACCAUCUUGGAGCAAAUUCUUUUCAUUCAAUCUUGAAGCUAAUAGUUCUGAUGUUUCUUUUGAAAGACCUAAAUCUCGUGUUAAAUCAUUCAGCUCAGCCUGAUUAAAACACUUUUGUGCUUGGACCGCAUUCUUCAAAAUCGACAUCACUACCAUGUUCGCUAUCAGCCGACAUAACAUCUUGAGCUUCAUCAAGGGAAGGAAACUCUGUAAAAUGUGGCACAGGUACAUCAUCAGAAUGGGGCACAGGGCGAAUUGCUGAAUUCAGAUUUGGGUAACUUAUUUUAUGCUUAUUUUACUUGUUAUAGCCAGAAGUGUUGAUGAGGCAAAAGUAGCUAUCGUCUAUAUGAUUCUUCGGCUCUCGCCACACCAUAGGAAUGCCAAAUGCUAGUUUCUCCCUCUUUCCCUUGGUCCAUUGUCUCAAAUUUUCAAUGCAAGGCUUGCACACUUUAUGUGGUGCCCAAGACUUGUCCUGGUCUCCAAGUUUGACCUUAAAGUAAGCCAAGUAGGCUCGCUUCACAAAGUCACCAAUAUUCGCCCUUUGAGAUGGUACAGUAAAAUUUCCACAGAUGUAACAAAAUGCAUCUGGAGUAUUCACACACUUUCUACGAGCAGUAGCCAUGCUUGACUUUCAAUCUGAAACACAACAGGAAAUUUAAUUAAUUCGGGUUUAAGUUGGCAGCCACCGAUACUCCAAGUCCAAAUGCCACAGAAAAAAACCGUGACGUGAUAGGUAAAAACUGAUGUCAUUUCUGAAAUCAGGACCCCAAAAUUAGGUAAAAACAGGUGUUAGUUUUCAGUCAGCAGAAAAAAAGUUAAAAAUUUGUUGGGCAGUGUAAUUGUUCAAAAUGAGAAAACAUGUCAACAAAACAACUGAAAAAGUGUCCAAAACUUGUUUUAUUCUUUUGGAACUCGUUGAUCUUUUUAUAAACUGACUGGAGAUCAGAUCUGGAACCUUGGAGAUUAUUUCAGAUCAUCUAGAACCUCUGGUUCCUCUGAAAACCAGGAUUGUUUUAAUAAUUCAGAUCUGUUCUCACUAAGUGGAACUGUUUGAGUCGUUUCCAGCAGAAUCCUGAUGUUCUAGUGGAACCUCCAGAUGUUCCGGUGGUUUCUGCAGACAGACGUCCCCUCAGAGCCGUUUGCCUUAAAUCUAAACAUGUAGCUGAACACAAACUCCCACAAUCCUUUGCUGCAGCCUCACAGGAGGCUUCAAACUACUGACGCUGUUCUGACCAAUCAGAUCCCUGCUUGCCGAGGCCUUCACCGUCCACAGUAUCUGGAGUACUCUGGAACAUACUGUAGUACUCUGAGUUGCUCUGCAGUACUCUGUAGUACUCUGAAUUACUCUGCAGUACCAUGUAGUACUUUCCUGUAGUUCUGCGUCUCUUCUUCUCCACGGUUCAGUUUUUGGUUCUGUGACUCAGAUGAAGGAAGCUUGACGAUGUUCAGCAGAAAAAGAUUCAAAAAUUUAGAAAACAUUUUAGUUCAGAGUCACUCUGUAAUACUCUGUAGUACUCUGUGGUACUCUGUAAUACUGUGGAGUACUCUGUAGUAGUUUCAAACAUUCAGAAAACAUUCUAGUUUAGUUCUGGAACUUCGUUGGGUCGAUUUUCUACUGAGUCACAGAAUUCAUCCUCAGAUAGAAGCUUUGAGACAUGGCAAACACAAAUCACAGUAAACGAAUAAAUUACUACUGAAUGUGUCCAAAAUGACUCUAAAAGUCUCCAAAUUCAUUUGUAAGGACUCUCAAAUGACCUGAUGAGCUUAAAUUGACUCAGAUUUGGUCCAGAAUGAGUAAAAUGUGGACAGAAAGGAUUCACGCUUCCCUAAGAUUUGUCCAAACUGACCGAGAAGCUGCUUCAGGUAUCAGCAGCUGAAACCGCUCUAAGAACCCACAGAUUUAAACCUUUUCACUGGAAAAUCCACGCAUUCUUCACUGAAGGAACAAAGUGAGUAAAUGAAGGACUGAACUCAGACUUUUCCUACGUGAAGCUGCAGAUGAAGCUGGUCGUCAGGUUUUCAGAGCCCAGAGUUCGUUUGUGAUCCGAAACAUCCGGUUUUUAUUUAAUUUUCUUUGUAAGAUGCACUGGAAUGCAUUGCUCUCAUCUUAUAUUUGUCUUUUGUAUCCUUUAGAUAAACUCUAUUUAAAUCAGAUAUCCAAUCUGUGAAUUGUAAUAAAGACAGAAAUUUAAAUGA